AUGGAUAACAAGCCCACGGAAAAGGUCGUCGAGACCACAAGCAUUGUGGACUCCGACGGCCCUUACCAUGCGGAACUAUACGAUCCCUCCAAAGAGUCGAUCUGGACGCGACUUGGAGUCAACUUUGAAAGUUUCAAGCGCGCUCCGGGCACCACUGGUGGUCAGGUCGUUGCUGGUGCUGGCAAUGUCCAGGACCUCGAAAAAGUCGUGGCUGAUGCCCCGAUGCUCCAACAAAAAAUGAAGCCCAGACAUCUUCAAAUGAUUGCCGUCGGCGGUAGUAUUGGUACUGGUCUAUUUGUCGGCUCCGGCUCUGCGCUCCACCACGGAGGUCCUGCUGGAGUCUUGAUUGCGUGGCUUCUCAUUGGUAUCAUGUUGAUCAACGUCACACAGGCUCUCGGUGAAAUGUCUAUCCUUUAUCCCGUCUCUGGAGGUUUUUACACUCUGUCCGCUCGUUUCUUGGACCCCGCCUUUGCCUUUGCCAUGGGAUGGAAUUAUGUCUUCCAAUGGGCUGUCGUCCUUCCGCUUGAAAUCACCGUCGCCGGGACAACAGUUCAAUAUUGGGGCAAACAUAUUAUGCCUCUAGCUGGGUGGAUUACGAUCUUUUACGUAGUUAUCAUUAUCGCUAGCGUCUUCGGAACACUGGGUUUCGCCGAGGAAGAAUUCUGGUCGUCAUGCCUCAAACUUUUCGUAGUUAUCAUGUUCAUUUUCAUUGGCAUUGUCUGCAUCUGUGGCGGCGGCCCCAAGGGUGGAGAGUAUGAUCACUACAUCGGUGGGACAUUCUGGAAGGAUCCUGGCCCGUUCGCUGCUGGUUUCAAGGGUAUCUGCGCAGUAUUCGUCACCGCGGCUUUCUCGUUUGCUGGCACGGAGUUGGUUGGUCUGGCUGCUUCUGAGACUCCUAAUCCUCGUGAGACUAUGCCCGCUGCCGUGAAGGGUACCUUUUGGCGUAUCACGCUCAUUUAUGUCACCUCCCUGAUCAUCAUCGGCCUCCUCAUCCCCUGGAAUGAGCCUCGUCUCCUUGGUGGAGGAGGAGCCGCCGCGUCACCUUUCGUCAUUGCCCUCGACAAUGCUAGAAUCAAGGGUCUCAACCAUUUUGUUAACAUAACAAUCUGCAUUUCGGUCCUUUCCAUUGGACUGUCAUGCGUCUAUGCUGGAUCUCGUACACUGACGGCCCUCGCAGAAACUGGCUACGCCCCAAAAAUCUUUGCUUAUGUUGACAAGUCCGGCCGACCUCUCUGGUCUGUGAUUGCCAUUCUCUCGUUCGGACCACUCGGUUACAUCAAUGUUGUUGCUGCCGGUGAUACCGUCUUCAUGUGGCUCCUUGCCUUGUCGGGGUUAUCUACACUUUUCUCUUGGGGAUCGAUCUGCCUCUGUCACGUUCGUUUCAGAAAAGCAUGGAAAGUCCAGGGUCACUCGCUAGAAGAAUUGCCUUUCCAGGCCCUUGGCGGGGUCUAUGGAUCCUGGUUUGGAAUCAUUCUCGUCUCGCUGGUCAUGGUCGCCCAAUUUUACGUGGCUCUUUGGCCCGCUGGCGGGAUGUCCAGCGAUCCUAAAGAGGUCGCGAUUAAUUUCUUCUCUGCGUACCUUGCUUUCCCCGUGAUGAUCAUCUUUUACAUCAUUGGUUUCGCCUGGAAACGCACAUGGCCCCUACGAGCUUCCGAGAUCAACCUUGACCAGGGUCGCAAGUCGUGGCUUACGGUCGAGGAGAUGAGAGCUUAUCACGCGGAACGCGCAGCCGCACCUAUGCACAUCCGGGUCUACCGCAUGCUCUUCACGCACUGA